UUAUCACCACAGCAAUCAGCUUGUAACACGAAUUGGCCAGAUGAUAAGGGGGAGUAGAAGUGCGAUUAUGAUAAGUAUACUGUUACUAUAUGCGAGUACUGGUACUUUGUUUGUGUAGAUGAUACGCAGCUGCUGGAGCCAAUAAACUGAAAGAGACAAAAAUCAAAAGAAUCAAGAGACAACUGUGGAAAUAUUAACUUAAAUAUCCUGGUGAACAAAGAAGUUUUGGCAGCCCACAAAGCCACAGUUCUGAAGCAGCUGGAUUAUACAUGGUUCAUUAUGUCUGGACAAAGAUCCUUGAGUGAGAAACUUCAAGAGAUCAAAUUAUCAUUGCAAUCAAAGAGUCAUUCCCUGGAUAGUAUUAACCCUUUACAAACCAAUAUAUAUAGUUCAACAGACCUAAGUUUGAAGCCUGACUGGCAGAAUGGUGUUUCAUUGUCUGUUUUAAGUUCAUCAGUGCCAUUGACUCCAGUAUUACGGUACAAGUCUCCAGGUACUUUAGAUGAUAAGGAGCAGUCAUUUUCAAAUAAAUCUGCUUUAGAAAAGAGAAAUAUCUAUAAAAAUGAGACCCAGCCUCCAGAUACUUUUAAAUAUACUGUUGGUGGUCAAGAUACAUUAACAAGUAUAGCAGCACGUUUUGAUACUACACCUUCUGAGCUGACGAAAAUAAACCGGCUAACAAGUCGACUUAUUUUCUCUGGGCAAAUUCUAUAUAUUCCUAAAAAAACAGAUGAGAAUGGAAAGAAUUUCAUAUCAGUAGAAGAAAAAGGAUUAGAACCCUCCAACACAGAAGGAAAAUGUGCAACUGAGUUUGUUGCAAAAUCAAGCCCCAAGCCAGGCCAUGUAAAAAGAAUGAAGUCACCCACAGAUGAAACGGAAACCUCCACAGCAGAAACUACUUCAGUUGUAGACAAAGACAGAAAAGUUGCAGACUUUGAUAAUUCUAGGCCUUCUACUUCUGUGGAUACGAAUGAUUUGGAUAAAGAGUGUUUGGAAAAAUUCUUGAAAAUUGAUGCUCGAUACAUAACAGAUGGAGAGGGUGUGGUGAGUGGAAUUCUACUAGUCACACCCAAUGCACUGAUGUUUGAACCAAAUGUCUCAGAUCCACUAGUUUUAGAGCAUGGAGCUGAGAAGUUUAGUGUGAUUGCACCAAUGGAAAUGGUUUUUAGAGAAUCUGUUUAUUGUGACAUUUCCCAUAUGAAGUUGAAAUGUGAUCCUCAGUGGUCACAGUUUUUACCAAAAGCACCCUUAUACCAUUCUAAAGGUCCACAAGGGCCAGAAACAUGCACAAGAAAAAGUAAACUAAGUAGAGAUUUGGACACAGUGGGGAUUGGAGUGAAAGAAGUUGAAGGUGAAAUGACUGAGACUACUGACGUUUUAAAUGUGACAAAAUCGAAUAUUGAACGAGGAAAUUUAGUAGCGCAAGCUACCAAGAAUGUUCCAGAAUGCACUGUAUUUAAGGACUUUAAACAAGAACUUGAUAAAUCAGUUCCUAUCACACCAUUUAAAUCUAGUUUUAUAGAAAGAAAGAGAUCAGGGAGUGUUGAUUCUUAUCAGCAUUUAAAAAACUUUGAAGAACCUGGUAGUUUUAUAGAAUUAUUCAAAGAACCUAACAAAAAGAAUUCUUUUUAUGAUGUAGAAAGUAAAGCUGUGACAGAUAACUUGCUAAAACAAGAUGACAUUAAUGAUGGUAGUGCUGCUUCAGCCUUGAUCAAGGGGGAUAAACAUGUAUCAACCAUUUAUCGACCUCCUCAACCUUGCUUCAAGACAGAGAGUAGGAAAGAAAAUUUCAUGAGGCGAUUCUCAUACCCACUAAGAUCUUUAUCAUCUUACACAAAGUCUGUUUCUAACUUUGUUUUUUCCUCAAUAGAGGAUAUUAAUAAUUUUUCACAUGGCUUAUUCAAUAAUGAAACAAAGUUGAAAGAUGCAUCAACAUUGAGUCCUGUGGAAUCAGUUUCUGUUGAAGGAAAAGAUGGUGAAAUCAGUGUUCGGGUAGAAGAUGACCAGGUGACAGACAAUCAAUGUCAACAACGUUUGAAUAUUCCAGUUGUUGACUACAAAAACAUGGUAGAAGACAAGCCUGAACUUUUCUGUUCUAUUGAUCAGUUGGUACCUUGCAAGGUUAAACCUCCAGAUGCUUUUCCUCUCUAUUUAUGCUUGAAAAUGGGUUGGCCAUGUAAUAGAAAAACAAACCAGUCAUUGUCACUUAUUUUACAUGAAAAGAAAAGAAUCAGAAGUGAAUAUUGGUUUAGCAUUCCUCAGAAAAGAGUGGAUGAUCUGUACAGAUUUUUCCAACACUGGACACCAGAGAAAUAUGGAGAUGCUUCUAAACCAGAGGAUUUUGGUUUUGACCCAAUCAAUUCUGAUGAAGAAGACUUUCAAGAAGAAGUUGAUUCCAAAGCCAAGGGUAAAAGACAGCCUAGGAUUUUGAGUUUGUUGAGACUAGUGUCAAGACAAUAUAGCUCUGAAUUGAGCCCAUCAGAUUGGGAGAUUGUGUCAAUGAGCAAUUUGGAAAGUUCACCGUAUCUAGACCCUUUUGAAUUACCAUUUCCAGAAUUGCGGGAAGAAAGUGAGAUCCUGACAGAAGAACAUUGUAGAGAGUUAGCAAAGCACCUUCCACAUCGGGUAGAGGGCUGCCCCUGGAUUCUUAUAUAUUCCUCAUUUAAACAUGGAUUCAGCCUAAAGACAUUGUAUCGAGAAAUGGCAAAGUUUGAAACACCAGUUAUCUUGGCUGUUAUCGACAGUGAAGGAACUGUGUUUGGUGCCUUGACAUCGUGUUCAUUGAAAAUAAGUGAGCAUUUUUAUGGAACAGGAGAGUCUUUUCUGUUUAGGUUUUCUCCCUCCUUCCAACACUACUACUGGACUGAGAAAAACACUUAUUUCAUUAAAGGAGACAAGGACAGUCUUGCAUUUGGAGCAGGAAGUGGCCAGUUUGGUUUGUGGCUGGAUGGAGACUUAUUUCAUGGACGAAGUCACAAUUGUGAAACUUUUGAAAAUGACACACUUUCUACUCAUGAAGACUUUGUUGUAAAAGGAAUUGAAGCUUGGGGUUUUGAAGAUAAUUGAUACCAGCGGUACUUGGUAAAACUCCAUUAUUACAGAAUUGAGGAAAACAACCUGAUGUGAAACCAUGGUCGUUAAUAAGUGAAGUUUUUUAUGAAACAUACAAUUUUUUUUUUUUCUCAAUUCUCUAACUUCCUAGAUGUUAUGUAUUUCUCAUCUUGUUUUAUAUUAGUUAUUUAAGUGCUACAGAAGUUUGGCUCCAACUGUCCUUUCUGCAGUUGUGGAGACAUUACCUAUUUGUUUGUCCUGAAAAUGUUCUUAAGAAAAACAUUAUUGGUGCAUUUGUUUUAUGAAA